AUGUUCCGUAAACGCCGGUCCUCGAAGGAGAUGGCGCCGGAGGUGUUACUACUGCUACGCCACCCAUCUCGCUACCCUGGAGACCUUCUUCAAGGCGUCGUCAUUCUUGAUAUACCUUUUCCUAGCGAUAUCCUCGCACUUGAGGUGCGGAUCUGCGGAGAUGAAAACUCAAUUCUGGGUGGGCUGAUUAUGCCCGACAAAAACCCCGAGGCACGUAAUACGAUUUACUACGAUCAGUUCAUCACGUUGAGAGGAAUUGAUCAUGACCUUUUGGAGAUGAAGCGCUCGCUGCGGGACUCCCGCCGCACCCCCGUAUCGCGUGGAGCCGUUGCUCGGGAGUCGAUCUGGCUCCCUGAUGAGGCGCAGGGACUCAGAACUGGGCUCAACGGUACGCUGUGUCUACCGUCAUCCUCAACCGGCGACGAGGUGCCGGAGUUCGCAGCGUCCAUGGUCCAUGACGCUUCGGGGGCGACGGUUCAUCUCAUCCCUGGCAUCUACUCGUAUCCUUUCUCGCUAGUCCUUCCAGACAACCUGCCCGCAUCACGUGAGCUAUCUCGCGGGAGCGAUGGUCGCUGCGUGUUGCAGUACCGUGCCAUCGCCUCUCUCAUCAUGACAAGCGGCAAGAUCCACACCUCCGUGACGGGAUUCCGCGUGAACCCGCUGCCGGUGCAGGUGCAGCGCUGGUAUCAGCUUCACGGAGCUGAGCAGCAACUCUGCGGAGAUGCAGUGGACGGCAGCAUGGCAAACGGUAAUGAGGCCGGCUCACGCCCUAGUGUCAUGUCACGCCUCAUGUCCUCCGCUGGGACCGUACGGGCGAGCAAGGCGAAGGAGGAUCGUGAAAACGUGCAUCAGCGCCGCCUGCACCACUACCUCCAGUUUUCAGAGGACCAGCUCGCGCUCGAAAGUGCUGUCUAUGCAGAGGCAGCCGGCAGGCGUGCGAAGGAAAAGAAACGCCGGAUGUGCGAGAGGAAUGCCAGGGAAAAUGGCUCACUGCUGAUGGCGGCUGAGACUAAGACUGUGGCGAAGAAGGGCACGUCAAGGAAGCUGCGAAGUCAACAGGAGCUCGAGGAGGUGGAGAAACGGUCCUUGGAUAGCGCGGAUGAUGCUGUUAGCGCGGCAAACGUGUUGGAUUACGACGCCAAUGACGAGGUAUACGCCUUUGGGCCGGAUGUGUGCUCUCCUACCGUGGCAGAGAGUAUCAAUGGGGAAGAGGAGGAUGGCAAUGUCAGUGUCCACCACAGCAAGGAGGAGACGAGUGUGGCGCGUUCCUCAGAGCUCGAGGUUAGGGGCGAGAGGCGCAAAUGGCGCCAUCACGGUGGCGAAAACGAUGCGAUUAACUCGCCGACCCACACAGCCAUGGUGAAGGGCAAUGUGGUGACACUCACCUGCACGCCGUCCGAGAAAGACUUCCCGACGCACUUGGAGGUGCGGCACGCCAACCGAACGGAGGUCGUCUCGCGCGAGGCGGCGGGCGGGAGCAACGUGGAGGAGAGGGAGGGGAGGCGGUCCCGCAACACGAAGCUACACCGCCGCCGACGCCGCUUCCAGCCACCACCUUGGAACCAAGAAUUUUUCAUCAACCUUCGAAGUGGGUUUCUGCGCACAGGCAAGGUGAGGGUUGUCCUCUCACUCCGCAGCCCGUUAGUGACGGUCGGUGUCGGCAAGGUUGGUGCGAGUGUCCUCAUCGACAAUUCAGAUGGCACUGGGGUCAUCUCACGUGUCAAAUACUCCCUUGUCACGCGAUGCUACAUCCGCUCCAAGGCAGAGGUCUACAACUUCCAGGUCAACACUGUGGAAACAAACUGCGACGUAGCUGUGGAGAAGGGCAGUGUGUUGCAGCUGCCGGAGGUGGAGCUGCCUGUGUCGAAGUCGACACCCCUCACCAUACUGACCGAGGGUAUGGGCACCCUCACCUUCCUGAGUGUACGACUCUACGUCAACACCACUCUGAAGACGUUCUCGAGGUCUGUGGCGACGGAAGUGGUGCUCGUGUCGGGGCAAGACAUCCUCAACUGCAGCCGCCGCCUGCUUCGCUGGUCGUGCUUCUUCCGCCGCCGCCGUGGCGAGGACGCCCGCGAUAUCACCGUGCACCCGCCGACGAUUAAUCUCUCCGAGAAGAAUUCAAAGCUGCACAUUAUGUACACGGGCAACAGGGGUGCUACCGAGGAUCCGGACGGUUUCUUGUUGCAGAGCAACGAUACUGACAUGUCCCUCAUGGCACCAGCUGCGGUAAGUCGCUCUAUGCGCAUCCUGCGCAGGAGCCAGCGUAUUUCCCACGCGACACCGCCAAUCGAUACCCGAGUGCUGACCAGAGCACUCAACUACGAGGAGGCCGUCUUUGUGCCGCACGAUGACGAUGAUGUGAUGGGCUUCCCAAAGCACAUGGAUCCUAUGGCGGGGCUCAACCCAUUUGCUGCCCCGGCCGGUGAUGGCAAGAGCACCCUGACAGCAGGUGAUAGCGACAAGACGCUGUGUGGCGAGGUGUGGCCUGCUAGUUAG